UCUUCUACCUCCCCCAACCCCCUCCCUCUUUUCUGCACACCCACCCUCAAUUCCCUUUCCCAAACACUCAACGCCAUUAAUCUCCACUUUCUCUCUCUAACCUUCCUCUACCUCCGAAUUAUAAGGCUUCUCCUUUCUCUCUCUGCCAUAUCUUGUUCCCCUUUGGCCGCUGAUUGCACCGUACGACGAUCAUGGGGUCGAUCCCCAAUCUCGAUGAGUUGACUAAGUUGACUCCACCAAGCUUCGACUAGUUCCAGCGGCAGAACCUCCUGAAGAAAUCCGAGGCCAUCAAGCUCAAAAUCCAAACCCUGGAGCACAAGACCAAGGCCUCACUCAACGACCUCAAGUAAUGCGAGGUCUCGAUCAGGGACAUCUGCUAAGUCGCGCUUGGCAAUGUCGAGAAGAGCAAGGAGGCAACGCUCAAGGUGCUGAAGAAAGCCCGCAAUGACGACGAGUACGGAGAGGUGGACGACGGCGAGGGUUCGCAGAUGAAUCUCAAGUUGUUGUGCUUAAAGAUGGAUUAUGGAGGGUUCUGGAGGUUCAUGACGACGAGGAAGAAGGAAUUGGAAGCUCUGAGGUUGCAGAUGCCUCUGGCUUUAGGCGAUUGUGUCAAUCUGGCGAAGUUCGUGCUAGAGGCAAUAUCAGAGGUUAUCGAGGAGUUGCCAUCAGAAAAUAAUGAGAAGGCUAUUGUACUUUUCAAGCUUGUCAGUUGCCCUCCCAUCUUCUCUCUUCGUUCCGAUUUGAUUACCAGCUUCAAAGACCAAUUUCUACGCUCCAGCCAUUAUGAUAUGAGACGAUCAGCUGAGGAAGAUGACGAGACUAUUCAAAACAACGCGAAUCGAUGUAUAGGUGUUGCUCCAUGGGUUCCAAGCUAGCUUCCGCCUGUGCUAUCAAUGGAGGUUUCGCAGCAAUCUGAGGCCUUGGGAAAGCUGAUGGAGGCUGAAGAGAUGAGAACAGUAGGUGAACAAGAGAGUGGAGAGGAGCGAUAUGGAAUGUGCAGAAGAGAGGGGUUGUAGAGGAAAAAAUGGGAGGGAGGGGAUUGGGGGAGGUAGAAGAGGGGUGCCUUUUUAAUUUUUUUUUUUAAUUUUUAAUUUCCAGGUGGACCUUUUAAUGACAUGUGGCGCCCAAUCAUUAUCCAUAUGGACGCCACGUCAUCAAUU